AUGGCUUUCCAAAGAGCUUCAUGGGGCUCCUUACUCAUGAUUGCCUUUGCUGUCUUAAUCCCCUCGGCUACAUGCGCAAGUGAUCCUCUCAAAACAUCUCUGAAACCAAAAUAUACAUUCGAUCAACUCUGGGAUCUUGAAAAGACCUUCUGGGAUUCAUUUCUUUACCCAGCCAAUGUGAAACAGACAGAGGGAAACUCAUCAUCCGUCUUUGCACCAAAUGUCCAAGGCCGUGUCGACAUUACGCGUACCUUCGACGGCGAUGAGCUAAACCGCGAAUACAUAUUCGGCCUGUUUUCAGACCCAGAACACGUCAGUCUUGUCGGUGUUCCAAUCGCAUACAAUAUCACACAAUUCAGCGCCAAUGAAAACAUCGCAUCCGCAACAACCAUUGUGACUUUCAACGCUACAACCUUCGGCAUUGUCGUCCCCGUCACGAUCGACACGUGGAUCAUGUGGGACACGGACGGCAAGAUCACGCAAUAUGACGCGGUUUUCCACUUCAUCAUUGGAAAUGUCGCGACGAAGAUCAACGCUACCUCAUCGGACCAGGCGGUCGGCUAUGUUUCGGACCUACUGGCCAAGACUAUCUGUGCUACACAUGAGCAGUAUUGCACCGGGUCAGACCAGCAAUAUACGGAUACAGCGGCUUGUUAUGACUUUCUGACUAAGGAUGUGCGAUUUGGAAAGAGCUAUGAGUUAGGGAGGAAUACGAUGCUUUGUCGUGAGGUUCAUGAGCAUAUGGUGCACUACAGACCUGAUAUUCAUUGUGCUCAUAUUGGACCCUCCGGUGGUGGAUACUGUGUGGAUGAUAUGACCUACACGCAGACUGUUUUGCAGAGUUACUUUAAUGAGUCGUGGAUUCCGUUUGGAUAUGAAGGAAAUCAACGAAUGGGGCGUUAG